GGACGACGUUCUGUUCGGCCGCGUCCGGGGGGUGCUGCCCGGCGUUGUGGAGCAGAAAGAACACUCGAAGGGCUCUCCUGACGUUGACAGUCGACAAUUUAAAACCCUGCUAGAAUUUUCACUGAAUAUAUGCCUUGUUUCUUGGGUCCACGGGAAGCAUGAGCCUGUUGGGACUGGGGACAAGAAGAAAACAAGACAUCUUCACAAGGAAAACCAGACACUAACAAAAAGUAUCCCAAAGUCUGAAGAGAUAGAACUCAAACAUGACCGACAGAGGACUUAGGGAUCCUCCAGAGGACCCUCAAAGGGAAUUGGAAAAUGAUCCAUCAGUAAAUACUCAGGCACAGGAGACUACAGUCACAGCAAGCACCACUGAAGAAGCUCAGACCCCAAACCCUGCCUCUGGUCUUAACAAAGACCACCAAGAGGUAGAAUCAAUUGGUCCAGGAAGUACAGAUACAGAAGAUCAAUCAGAAAGUCCAGACGAAACAGAUUAUGGGACAUAUCCAAAGGAUACAGAAGCUGAGAACAGCCAGAGUUUUGAGGGUGGAGAACAGGGGCAUCAACUCCCUUCAGAAAGUCUGGGUGAAGACCCCGUGGAUCCAGAACGCAACUGUUCUCCAAGUGACAAGGUGGAAAGAAGAGAUGCACACUUAGUGAGCAGCUCUGCAGCCCUCCCUGAACAGGCGAGCGACAGACCCGGAGUUUCACAGGAGCCACCUAUCAGUGACCCUCAGGAUGUCCAGAGUCCUGGUCAUUCCCAUGCAUGUCUGGAGAGCCAGGACACACUGAGGAGGCGACUGCUGGCACCAGAGGUUGAGAAACAUCAAGAAACACAAAAAUUGGAAGAAAACAAAGAGAAUGCACAGGAUACCAUCAGAAAGAUUAAUAAAAAGGAUUUUUUGAGCUAUGGCUCCAUCUUUCUUGGCUUCCUGGUUCUGACUCUUCUCUUGCUAAGUUCUGUUAAUAGCUACUAUUCCUCUCCAGCCCAGCAAGUGCCCAAAAAUCCAGCUUUGGAGGCUUUCUUGGUUCAUUUCAGCCAACUGAAGGAUAAAUUUCCAGGCCAGAGUUCCUUUCUGUGGCAGAGAGGACGUAAGUUUCUCCAGAAGCACCUCAAUGCUUCACACCCCACUGAGCCCGCCACCAUCAUAUUUACAGCAGCUCGAGAGGGAAGAGAGACCCUGAGGUGCCUCGGCCACCACAUCGCGGAUGCCUACACAUCUGCCCAGAAGGUCUCAGCCAUUCAGAUUGAUGGGGCUGGAAAAACCUUACAGGACAGUGAUAAGGUCAAGCAUUCGGUUGACAUGGAGCUGAGCUCUGGAUUUGAGAAGGGCCAGAAGGCUGCUGUGGUCCACCGCUUUGAAUCCCUUCCUGCAGGCUCCACCUUGAUCUUCUACAAGUAUUGUGACCAUGAGAAUGCUGCCUUUAAAGAUGUGGCCCUGGUGCUGACCGUCCUACUGGAGGAGGAAACAUUAGAAGCAAGUGUCGGCCCAAGGGAAACCGAAGAGAAAGUGAGAGAUUUACUCUGGGCGAGGUUUACCAACUCUGACACUCCCAGCUCCUUCAAUCACAUGGAUUCAGACAAGUUAAGUGGGCUGUGGAGCCGUAUUUCCCACCUGGUGCUGCCUGUCCAGCCAGUGAGGAGCAUAGAAGAACAGGGCUGCUUUCUAUAAGCUAAGCGCAGAGCUGGUUAUGGUCGGCAUGGGUUUAUUAAAAAAUCAGUUUAAAAGCCUUCCGUUUAUGUGGAAGGAGUUGAUGAAUGUGAGGAAAUAGCCUGGAAAGCACAAAUGAACUUAUUUUCGAAAAAUUUUCAGUUUUUACUUUUUGUACAAUCUUUCUAAUCUAAGCUUCACAAAGCUAAAAGUUGACCUGACUUUUUUUCCUUGCCUUUCAAGCAAAUCAGGUAUAUAGAACUGACGAAUUUUUUUCAAUCCAGAAAUAGAACAACAGAAUCAUUACAUGGGAAGAUAAUCUUUUAUCUUCAUAGUAACUACAGAGUGAUUUUUGUUUUCUUGAGACUCUAAGGAGCCUUAAAGCAAUCACAGUUAUAAAACAGUGAACAUUUUUUUAAGAAUUGAAAAAAUUCUAAAUAUUUUUAAAAUUUAUUUUAAUAACCUAGUUGUGGGAUUACAUCUUAUACUUUUUUGCACUUUUGGACAGUAUGAAAAAGGAAAUAAGAAUUCAAAUAUUUAUCUAACUAAAUACUAUAUGUAAGGCGCUAUCUUUUUAUUCCGUUAAUGAGCUCUGAGGGAAAAGCAGCUGUGCUCAAGAAAUGUUCUUAAAAAUUGGAAACAAUGGGGGAAUUGUUUAUAAUCACUGCAAAUGAAGAAAUUCCAAUUCGCUGU